ACCAAACCACUCUCAGCCUUAGCUCUCUCUCUAAUCCCUUUCUUACUUUGACCUAACCCUUCUCCAAUCCCUACUGCUCUUCUUCCCCUCUCCUAAUACCCCAACCACAAAUCUCUCGUACCCAAAUCGUAGAAGAAGCUUUGAUUGAUUCUUCUGCAAUGAAGAAGACGAAGACGACCAGCAUGUACGACAAGCUACUUACCAAGCUCGUCUUUGCCAGCCGGUAAAAGGCAAAAAGGGAGAGCCAGCCAGACAGCCCGCCGUCUUCCUUUUCCUGACGUACCUUUUAAACCUGAAAGCUUAGAGAAAAAGAAAUUAAGCGAGUGAUCGAUCAGUUGGAAUAAUGGAUCCGGUCACCGCUUCGCCGCAUGGCCACCACCUCCCUCCUCCCUUCCACCACCGCGACUUCUCCCUCCCGUUUCACCAGCAACUGAUCCACCACGCGCCCGCACCGCACCUGAAUCCGCACCCGAUUACUCUGCAACCGAAAUCCGAAGACCAGCUUAGCACAACUCCCAGCUUAAUCUCUAAACCGAACAACGAAGAAGGCAACAGCGACGAACCGGCGAAGCUGGAACCAAGUGCCGAUAGCGAAUUAACUCGCCGCCCUCGCGGCCGCCCUUCCGGAUCUAAAAAUAAGCCAAAGCCACCGAUAAUCAUCACGCGCGACAGCCCCAACGCCCUGCGCUCUCACGUGAUGGAAAUCUCCGCCGGUUGCGAUGUCGCCGAAAGCCUCGCCACUUUCGCAGCCCGCCGCCAGCGCGGCGUCUGCAUCCUCAGCGCUUGCGGCGCCGUCAUCAACGUUACUCUCCGUCAACCCGGUUCAUCGGCCUCCGUCGUCACCCUUCACGGCCGCUUCGAGAUACUAUCCCUAUCGGGAUCUUUCCUCCCUGCUCCGGCGCCGCCGGAAGCUUCCGGACUCGCCGUGUACCUCGCAGGCGGACAGGGACAGGUGGUUGGCGGAAGCGUUGUGGGUGCGCUGAUUGCGUCGGGGCCGGUGGUGGUUAUGGCAGCUUCGUUUGGGAACGCGGCGUAUGAAAGGCUGCCGCUUGACGAAGAAGAAGCGGCAGUGGGGUCACCGGGGAUGGCGGAGCAGAUGCUGGAAAAUUCUGGAAUUCCGCCGUCGCAGCUUUUUCAGGCUAUGGCGCCGAAUCUUCUGAAUAACGUGCAGAUGCAAGGUGAGGCGUACGGGUGGGCCAACGGCGGCCGGACUCCGUUUUAAUUUGCUUUGUUUUAAUUUCUUGCUUAUUUUUGUCUAGUUUCGAUCAGGGUUAUGGUUUUUGUGUAAGAUGAUAAAGGAAUGUGUAAAUUGAACUAUGAAUUGUUGGUGUUGGCUAUCUAGUAUUCGACGGGGAAGGGAAAGGAGGAUUCUUUUCUUUUCUGUAACUUGGUUGCAGGAGAUAAUUGUUGGGAGAAGGGAAGUGACAGAGAAGAUGCAGAGAAUGGAAGAAUCAUUCGCCUUUCUCCUUUAUUUCUUUUUCAGUACUUCAGUUUCAGUAUGUAUAUGUCAAAAAAGCUGGAGAGAGAUCGCUGGAGAAAGCUAGCUAGGUUGCAAGAGAAAGGUAGAGGGGAAGAGGAAGAAGGAAUUGAAGUACUUGAACAGCUUGAGUGACCAUCUGGUUGAGGAAGACGAUUGCUCUCUAUCUAUUUCUUCGUACCAACAGCGCUGAGCAUUCCCGUUCUCUAUUUCUGCUAAAAUUUACUCUUUUUGGGAUAAAACAUAGCCGACUGUGAGAAUCUUUGACUCCAAUUUGCUUUUCUCGUAAAAUAGUAACUGUAUUGUUAUUAUGAUAUGAUUAUCUGUUGUUGUCUUCGUCCAUGCAUAGAGAUGAACAGAGAUAGAUUAUUAUUUUUGUUAAUUUUUUAUUUUAGAAUUUCAGCAUGGUUAGGAUAAAUAAGGGGGGUGUAGAGUACACGUGCAGUCUUCUGUUAGGGGAUUCUUCUUGUUAGAGGCAAGCAU